AUGCCAAUAUUAACAACAAUGAUUCCGAUAGGAUUGAUCAUACGGUCGGUAAUCUUUUCGUUGAAUAUCAUCCCUUUACUAUCCAUAACAUAUCUCGCUCUUCUAUCUCUACAAUGGAUACUCAACUUCGAGCCCCCCGUAUAUAUACCACAGGGUUUAUCUCUAUCGAGCUAUACUGCACUUGAGAGUGUAUCGUGGAUACACUCAUACUUCACAUCCGAACCCAAUAACACCAAGAGCAGAUUAGAGAUCUCAAAUGAAGAUCGACGAGGGUUGUUCGAAGAGCUGAUAAACGAUCUGAGAGGGAAAGAUCGACAUGGUAUAGAUGAUUGGUUAAGAGGGUGGUUCUAUAUUCCAAAACUCCAAUCGCCAAACAAGGAAACUUGGAGUAUAACGAAUAGAUUCAAUCCAUCGCGAAAAAUUGAUGUCCCGAGAGACGAAUCCGAGGUAUUGAUGAGGUAUCAAGAGAUCAAGAGAGGUAAUGUAGAAGAAUUACUCUGUGGUAUCUUCUUUGAUUCCCCUCUAUCUGAGGUACUCCCCGACCCGAUCAGAAAUCAUACAUUGAUAUCAAUGAUGAACCGACUGGAACUACAACGAAAUCACAAAUUUCCUUCGGGUCACAAUAACUCUUUGAAACCUUUAUGUCCAAGAUUGGAUGAAUCAUUGGUUAAAAGUGAAUAUCGUCCCUUGGUAUUCUAUGUGGGUAUGGCAAUCGUCCACUGGAUAUUUGAACUCGUUAUCUUCUGUGCGGGGUUCAAGAAGGUUAGACAAGGAUGUAUGACUGGAUGGUAUCUUCCUAACGAACGAAAAAGCGGAAUAAUCAAAUCCCUCAUAAGACGAUCCGACAACAAGGGUAACGAAGAAAAACAAGGACAACCACAACCACAACCACAACCACAACCACAACCUAUCGUGUUUAUACCAGGAUUAGCAGGACCUUUCUUCCUUAUUCGUCUGUUUCUCAAUCUGUUAGUGUUGGACCAACCGAUUUUGAUUAUUGAUCAACCUCAUUUAUCAUCAAAACUACGACUUUCAAUGCCAUUCAUUUGGACGGACCAGAUGACGAUACCGAGUUUACCAGAGAUAUCUCAAGAUAUCAUAUCGUUCUUGCAGGGACAGACAAACUAUGAUAGAUGCCCAAAGGCUAAGGAGGAUGUGAAGGAAGCAUCAAUGGGAAUGAUGAUCAUUGCUCAUUCCCUCGGUUCAGCACUGGCUUCAUCCCUGAUCAAAAAUAUCAAUACUACCACCAAUUCCAGUACGAAGAUAAACGUGGAUUUGUUAUUGUUAGAUCCAAUAUCAAUACUCCUAAGUCACUCGCACCUCACACGAACUAUCUACCUCUAUUCUUCGAAGAGAGAAAAACAAGAAGGAAACAUGGAUAUACUCAUAAGGUAUUUCAUAAGAGAAAAAGGGAUGAUGCGAUACUUGAUUAACGAAUUCAAUCCAUUUGAUUCGUUCUUCCCUAUCCACUCGUACUCCAAAAACGCAUUGUCAGAAAACAAGAUUGAUCCAAAAAUAAACAUCAAGUUGAAAGUGAUCUUAUCAGAGAAAGAUCACUUGUUACCUGUACCCGAGAUUGAAUCUUACCUCUCAAGAAAUCAGGUAGAUCACGAGGUAUUACAAGGCGUACAACAUGGAUUAUGGGUGGUGGGUAGGAAGGGAUACAACAGAGUAUGGGAAUGUGUUCAAAAUAUGAUACAAUCAAAUAUCGAACAGGACGACAAUAGCAACAACGUCCGAUGUAAGGUUGAGACCAAAACCUCCGUACAAGAUACUAUAUUGGAAGAUAAGUCGAGAUUCACAAUGAUGAUGUCACGAACAAGAUCGAAAUCGCUUUUACUCAUAUCCGAAAUCUUGAAUUCACCUUCUCUACAUAGCAGUCCACUCAAGAUGAAUAUGAGUCGAAUGAGAAGUAGAACCAUAUCUUCCAUGGGCUAUUACCAGGAUAGCGAACAACAAUCGAUGAGUAGACAAUGUUCGUCUAUUGGGAUGAACAAGACUUUGAAUUUGAGCAGGUUCAAGAGGGGUUACAAGUGA